AGCUCGCUUAUGAGUGGGCGUUGCUUUCCAGGCGAAUGGCUAACGUGGGUGCAUCUAAACUGUAGAAUUAACGCAGUUUGACACCGCUUUAACUGCCCUGGCUCAAUGCCAUUGAAUAAUAGAUGUGAUUUGCUGAGGCACCCUCACGCUUUCACAGAGAAGGCUCAAGACCAAUGUCACAACUCCCAGGAUUGGUAACAUUGAGCAAUGGAAGUUAAGGCGGUGUCCAAACUGCGUUAAUUCUAUAGUGUAUAUGCGAUCCGUGUUACACAGGGUUGUCCUCCCUCUUCUUGUUGGAGGGAAGUGGGAAAAUUGUGUUGUCGAAGGUUUUCAUGGUCAGGUUGCUGUGAGUUUUCCGGACUGUAUGGCCAUGUGCCAGAAGCAUUCUCGCCUAACGUUUCGCCCACAUCUAUGGCAGACAUCCUCAGAGGUUGUGAGGUGGCCAGUUUCAACAUUCACAUUUUCCGCAAACAGACAAGAGUUCUUUCUCCCAACCUGGACUUUCCACAGAUGUAUAAACCCCACUUGGCUAGUUUCCAACAGACCUCACAACCUCUGAGGUGCCAUAGAUGUGGGUGAAACAUCAAGAGAGAAUGCUUCUGGAACAUGGCCAGUCAACCCGGAAAACUCACAACAACCCAGUGGAAACAUCAGUGAUGGCUGUGUGCUUUCAAGUCGCUUCUCUCCCAUGACCCAGAAAGGAAGAGUUUCUUCAGUGACCCAGGUAUCUGUUUUCCUGAUAGAAAACAGAAUGUAUUGUAUCAAAGGCAGAGCUCCAUUCUAGGGAUUGCCAUGUCACAGAAUCCUAGACUAAGAAGGAGACCUCAAAGGCCAUCCAAUCCAACCUCCUGACUUUGUUAUCCAGCAUGAAAAAGGAAUCUUGGUCUCUAAGGUGCCUUCUUUCCUUUUUUUAAACUGAGGACUUAAGAGUCAAGGAAUCCUAGAGUCAGAAGAGACCACAGGAGUCCUCCAGUUUAAUCCUCUUUGCACACAAUCAAAAUAUUGUACCUUCCGCAGAUGGCCAUCCAGACUCUGCCUAAAAACCACCAGAGAAGGAGGCUCCACCAUGCUCUGAGAAAGCAUAUUGCACUGUCCAACAGCUCUUACCAUCAGGAAAUUUUUUCUAAUGUUUCCCUGCAAUUUCAAUCCGUUACUCUAUUGUGUCCUGGAGCAGCAGAAAACAAUCCUGCUAUCUCCCCAAGGUGACAGCUUUUCCAGUAUUUACACAUGGCUACUAUCCUGUUUUCCUGAAAGUAAGACCUACCCUGAUAAUAAGCCUUAGAAUGAUUUUUCAGGAUUUUUGAGGAUGGUCAAAAUAUAAGCCCUAAUUCAAAUAAUAAACCCUAGUUAUAGUUCAUUAAAAAGUCAAUUUAAAUAGUAUCCAGGCAGUUAUAUGUAGGACCUAAUGAAUCCUUUGGAACAAAAAUUAAUAUAAGACCCUGUCUUAUUUUUGGGGAAAAAGGGUAUAUCCUCUCUCAGCCUGCUCUGGGAGUUCUGGUGAAGAAUUAGGAAGCAUGCAGAGAUCCCUCUUGUCUUGCAUCCACAUGAGGCCAUUCCCAUCGAGUGAGUUUGGGGUCCUCGCUAAGGUUAUGGUUACACCACGUAACAUGAUUUUUGUUCCUAUGUUAUAAAUGUCAUUUCUUAAUUGGUUCUAUCAUAAAAAUGUGUGGGGGGAGAUGGUGUUUUUGUGGGACAUCCUGCAGCACAUUUUGCUGUGGUUUUCAUUGAAUAUCUCAUGGAAUCUCCACCAAUUCAUAGCUUUUUCAUAGUUUGUGGCAGCCACAAAAACAAAGUUUCUGGAGUAUAACAACUCCUUUCAAAGUAAGUACUAUACAAUUAAAGAGGAAAUAACACUUUCAAAGCAGGAACAGGUUUUUUUUCCAAAUUUUGUUACGUAGUGUUAUAGUCCCCAGAGUCAAAGAACACCUCUGUGAAAGUCAGGUUAACCCUUUCAAUGAAGGGGUCCAGCAAUUUGUAUACACCGUUGGGUAUUUAUUUAUUUUUUAACAGUAUUUAUAUUCCACCCUUCUCACCCUGAAGGGGACUCACAAUGUACCCAUUCAAAGGCAACCAUUCAAUGCCAUAUGAACCUAGAGACAGACACAAAGGCAAUGUAACCUUCUCCAGCUUCCAGCUCCAUGAGGGUAUGCUCGAUUCCGGCCCCAGGGGGAGCAGCUGCUUCAUCAUCCACUGUGAUGCUGACUUCUUCAUUCCAGACACUGCUGGAUGAUUUUUAUGGUGUCGUAAAUUAGUUAAAUUAGCCUCCCCACAUAUUGGUACCUGAAUUGCCUAUGUGAUAGAUGCAACGAUCUUUCGGGUUGCUUAGGUCAACAACGAGCAGGGCUAUUUUUUAUUUUAGUGGUCAGGUGCUCACUCCAACAUGGGGUGGCCUCAAACUCAUGACCUCUUGGUCAUAGUGAUUUAUUGCUAUUAACCAGCCUGCGCCACAGCCUGGCCCCGGUAUGUGAGAUAAAGUAUGAGGCUUCCAAGGCAAGGUAUGUUUUUUUUCCCCUAAUCUAUCUAUAUUUGCAGAAAAACUUACCAGUAUGCCAAUCUUAAGUGUGUGUCACGGACACUGGGCAUUAGGAUUCACCUAUCAUCCCAUUUUGGUAAUUAAACAAAAUGUGACAUGCCUUGUUGGGUAACAGAAUGCGAGGUCUAACCUCCAGAAUAUAAAAGCUAGUAAAAGCAUUAAAUAUGAAGACAUGAAACUUACCUUGUUACAGAAGGCCUAUUUAUUAGGUAUUAUUUAUUACUAGUAAUACAAAAUCGUAUCUUUGAAUGAGGUUUGACAGUUUUGCACUUUAGCUACUGAUGCAAUAAAAGGUCUGAGUAAAGCCCACCAUACAUUUUUUUUCUCUGAAUGGAAAAAAAUUCAGAAUCAUUUAUGCUAAGAGAGGGGUAAAAGUAGCUGAGUAUACUGUGUUCUGUUCCAGAGACAUUAUAUUCUGUGUAUUUCUAUAUGCCUUUGUUUUCUAUACUGAGUUUGCAGAUUUAUCAAGAAUAAUUUGUAUUAUAUGUUAUAUAUUAGUACACAGUAAAUAAUAUGUGACCUAAAGAGCCUCUGUUUAAUCAUAAUUUCUGUACAGCAAUGCUUUUGGUAGGCGUUGAGAUCAGUCACAAGUGAUGUUAGUUGAUGGGAGAUUAGAGUAGCACCGUAGCCACUGCUCAGAAUACUGCUAGCAAAGACAGAAGGACUAUCUUAAACAAAUCUUGGACCUUAUACAUACUUGUUACAACAGUGUCUGAUACCUUUCAGGUGCAAAGGGGUUGGCAUAUUUCCCUCUUUUGCUUUUCUGCACUCAUGGCUGGGUUUGAAGAAGCAGAACCAUUGGUGCAUACGAUCCUUUGAUAGUGAGCCAUGGUCACGUGGGACUGUCCUUUGUGUGUUAUCAGCAGAGCUGUACUGUUUUGCAUCUCAGCUUUAUGAGCAGUCCCUCCCAACAGCCCACCAUUGUGUGCUUCCCAAUUACAAGUUGAGCCUCCUUUAUCUGAAAAGCUUAUGACCAAAAGUGUUCUGCAUUUUGGAAUACCUAUAAUCGCAUAUACGUAAUGGUGCUGCACAUAUGCCAUUUCAUUACUCUUUGUGCCCAUGCUAUCGUCUUUUUUCUGACCUUGUGUCUCUUGUUCAUUACUUGUGUUGUGUAAGAUGUGAGGCUGAAGAGAAACUACAAUUCUGUGAAAUGAUGGGAAACUGAAACUUUUUGCUACCAGCUUCCUUUUCUGCCUUUAAGACAGAGGCUGUGGCACUUCUGUUUGUUUGCUACCUAUAUGUUGUGCAUGAAUUUGGAGGGAGAGACUAAGGAUCUGGAAGGUGAACAAACAGAAGCGCUGCUGCCAUCUGGAACACAUCUUGCCUUGGUGGCAAAACAUUUUGAUUUUUUUUUUUGAGAUUUUUAAUUUUCCAGCGCAAAAGACACCCUUCUAAGGAACAUGCACCAGCAGAAAUCCUCUCCAGGAAACCAGCCUUGCAUUGAAGACGAAAAAGCCUCAGUUAAAGCACUGGGAAAUGGGCUUUACCAGGAAAAUAUGGAGACGGAAUGUUUUGGCAACCCUGGCAACCCUGUUAAUUUCAGCUGUGGUCUCCAGGUUGAGACAAGAGCCAGCCACUCUGGACUGUUAGCAGAGACUGGCAAGGAAGUUGGGCAUCUAAGCCCCUCCCUGAAGAAUGGGGAUGCCCAUGGCCCUGACCCAACAAAAGCGCCUCCACAGUGUCCUGGUUCUGACAUGGGGAAUGGUUCCACCUCAUUUAAUGCAACCCUUGGGCAGUUGCCUUCUCCACCUGUAGCACGGCGUUCCUUGAGUCGGUACAGUCUGAAGCUGGGCAUGGAUCGACGAAAGUCAUUGCCUUCUCCUCAUUUGGAUAUCCCUGAGCUGAGUAAAGCCAUCAGCUUGGAAUUGCCAGAGACUGAGAGAAUGGCAGCUCUGCUCCUUUCCAGUUUCCAGUAUGCUGCUCAGAAACUCAAGUGCUCCUUAAGACAGACUGAUGGCUUUAAUAGUGAAACUUUUGUACAAAAUGUCAACAUGUUAUCAGAAGAGUUGAGAUUCUGGACAAGGAAACUGCAGCUAGACGGAACUCUGCAAAAAUGCUUUGAGGAUCCCAGAGCGAGUGAGCCAGAUCCUGCAUUUGAUGCAUCGGUAUCUGUCUUGAAAGAGAAUAUGGUCAGGUUGUCUGAGGAAAGUCAGGCUUGGGAUGAAGUGCUUCACAGUUACCAGAAAUAUGCUGAGGAUGUGGCCAGGCAACUGCAGCAGUGUGAACUGAAACAAGGACCAGAAGAGCCUUCGAGCUACCUUAGGACAUCCCAGGCUAAUGUGCUUCAAACCAAACCAGAUUACCAGAAAAUAUUGGAUCAUCACGGAGAGGUCUUAUACGACAUAGAGAGAGUGCUGGAUGAAAUCAAUCAAAUAGUCAAGGUGUGUCGGGUUUAUAUGGAAGAUGUUACACAGUAUCUUCAGCAGCUAUCAGCACAACUUGCAUCAAAGACUUCCAACAGAUUCACAGACUCACCUGCCCGUAAAUUGCUCCGGCUCUUCCAGACGAAGCCAGCUCCACUUCCCCCUCCAGAUAGGUAGAGGCAGUCGUAUUCCUAUCCCAGCUGCACGCUUGGUUAUGGUCUCCCUGUUGCCGGGUUCUCAAUACUCUUUUCCUGCUGUAGCCUUUUUCUUCUGCUUUGUGUAAACUAUGCCUUGCCCCAGAGCUGGACAAAGGGAUAUUCAAAAAUAUUUGACCAAUAUGGUUUGAUCAUAUCUUUGGCUGACAAUGCCUCCAUUUUUGCAAUAAAUAAGACAAAAAUC